CCUCAGUUCCUGCCGGAGCGCGGCGCCUGUCACGAUCGUUGCCCGGCUCCGCUCCUUCCUCCCCGCUGGAGGCCCCGGUGAGGCCAUGGCGCGUUGAACAACAGCCACGGCCCCUACCCCGCAGCCGGGCCGGGGGCCGGGCCGGGCCAACCGGCAGCACGGAGCCGGCCGGCGGGGCACGGCGGCGGCGGGGAGGCGACAGGGCCCGGCGAGGAGGGCGGCAUUCGGCCUCCGCCGGUCGGGCGAGGAGGCGGGCGGGAGGCCCCGCCAUGGAGCCGGCUGAGGUGAAGGAUCGCAUCCUGGAGAACAUCUCCCUCUCCGUCAAGAAGCUGCAGAGCUACUUUGCUGCCUGUGAAGAUGAGACACCAGCCAUCAGGAACCAUGACAAGGUCCUGCAGCGUCUCUGUGAACAUCUGGACCAUGCUCUGCUCUAUGGCCUGCAAGAUCUUUCUUCAGGCUACUGGGUGCUGGUCGUUCACUUCACCCGCCGAGAAGCCAUCAAGCAGAUAGAGGUGCUUCAGCACGUGGCCACCAACCUGGGGCGCAGCCGGGCAUGGCUGUACUUAGCCCUCAAUGAGAACUCCUUGGAGAGCUAUUUGAGGCUGUUCCAGGAGAACCUAAGCCUGCUGCACAAGUACUAUGUCAAGAACGCCCUGGUUUGCAGUCAUGAUCAUCUGACCUUGUUCUUAACACUGGUGUCCGGGCUGGAGUUCAUCCGCUUUGACUUGGAUCUGGAUGCUCCUUACCUGGAUCUAGCCCCAUACAUGCCAGAUUACUACAAGCCUCAGUACCUGCUAGACUUUGAGGAUCGUCUGCCCAGCUCCAUGCAUGGCUCAGACAGCCUCUCCCUCAACUCCUUCAACUCAGUCACCUCCACCAACCUGGAAUGGGAUGACAGUGCCAUUGCUCCAUCCAGUGAAGAUGGAGACCUCACGGACACACUGAGCUGCCCGCGCUCCACUGCCUCGGAGGCGAACGGCAGCAAAGGCUCCGCGAAGAGCCCGACGCAGCGCCACAACCCCUUCAACGAGGAGAAAUCGGACGUGGCGUCCUCCACGGAGACCACCCCGGUGCACACGGCUUCCCGGGAGAAGGCAGAGGGCACCCCUGAAGGGACGGACCAGUCUGAGAGCUGCACGGAGCUGGAGGUCAUCAGGUUGGCCAAGAAGAAGAAAACAGGCAAGAAGAAGAAAGCAAAGCACGAGGAGCCCGUGAACACCCCAGCACCCACAGCACCCGAGGCCAGCGGCGACAGCGGCAUCAACGGGCUGAGCGACAGAGAGGACCCUCAGAGAGGUGACCCCGGCCCCGGCGGGCAGGAGGAGGGUGCCGAGCGCUCUGCCCUCAGCCAGCUGGCGCUGCGCAUCCCCGAGAUGAAGGACACGUCCAUGGAGAGCGUGGGGCAGCCGCUGAGCAAGGUGAUGGACAGGCUCAACGGGCAGCUGGACCCCGGCGGUGCCUGGAGCGCGCCCCUCGAGCCCCCCGGGCAGUCCUUUCGGACUGGCACGCCAGGGGAGACCCCGGAUGGAUCGUCCUCUGGCGACUUUAGUGAGGGGAUUUCAGCCCCCAUGGACUUCUACCGCUUUACCAUCGAGAGUCCAAACGCUGCUGCACCAGGUGGUGGCCACCAUGACACUCCAGGGCCUGGCCAACCGCCACAUGUUUCUGGUAGCCCUGAGGCUCCUGAAGAAGAAAGCGGAGAAGGAGAAGCAGUUGGGGAAGUAGAGGAGUCUGGAGGGGCGAGUGAUGAGCCCCAAACUGGCCACACAGACACCACGGAGCCCCAGGCUCUCUGUGAGCCCAAGAAGGAGCAGCCCAGCCCUUCCCCAAGCAGCGCUGAGGACUCUGGCGUGGAGGAAGGACAGGGCAGCCCCUCGGAGCUGACCCAUCCCUCCGAGUUCAGAGUGGAUAACAACCAUCUCCUCCUGCUGAUGAUCCAUGUCUUUCGGGAGAACGAGGAACAGUUGUUCAGGAUGAUCCGGAUGAGCACUGGGCACAUGGAGGGGAACCUGCAGCUGGUCUACGUCCUGCUGACGGAUUGCUACGUGUACCUCAUCCGGAAAGGGGCCGCGGAGAAGCCGUACAUGGUGGAGGAGGCUGUUUCCUACAAUGAGCUGGACUACAUCUCGGUUGGGCUGGAUCAGCAGACGGUGACUCUGGUGUGCACCAACCGGAGGAAGCAGUUCCUGCUCGACACCGCGGACGUGGCUCUCACCGAAUUCUUCCUGCUCUCCUUGAAGUCAGCCAUGAUCAAAGGGUGCCGGGAGCCGCCGUACCCCAGUAUCCUCACUGAUGCCACCAUGGAGAAACUGGCACUUGCAAAGUUUGUGGCCCAGGAGUCCAAGUGUGAGGCCUGCAACGUGGUUGUGCGUUUCUAUGGCCUUGUCCACUGGGAAGACCCCAUGGACGAGGCGCUGGGACCUGCCAGCAACAGCUACGCCUCCACUGAAAACGCGGUCACCAAGGAUGGCAUCCUACACUACAAGGCAGGGACCUCCUACCUGGGCAAGGAGCAGUGGAAGACCUGCUUUGUGGUGCUCAGCAAUGGGAUCUUGUACCAGUACCCGGACCGCACGGACGUCACCCCUCUGCUCUCCAUCAACAUGGGCGGUGAGCAGUGCGGGGGAUGCCGGCGCUCCAACACCACCGACCGGCCCCACUCCUUCCAGGUGAUCCUGACGGACCGGCCCUCCCUGGAGCUCAGCGCCGACAACGAGGAGGACAUGGCCGACUGGAUGCAGUACUUCUGCCAGGCUGUCUCCAAAGGGGUGAUCCCCCAGGGUGUUGCCCCCACGCCGUGCGUCCCGUGCUGCCUCGUGCUGACGGAUGAGAAGGCUUUCACGUGCCAUGAGGACUGCCAGACAAGCUUCUUCCGCUCGCUGGGCACCAUGGAGCUCACGGACAUCACCGCUGUCUCCACGGAGGCUGGCAAGGAGUACUGCAUCCUGGAGUUUGCUCAGGACAGCAAGCAGUUCCUGCCCCCCUGGGUCCUCUAUUUUAGUUGCACUACAGAACUGGAGAGGUUUCUCUCAGCACUGAACGCUGCUUGGAGGAACAUCUACCAGGUUGACCUCCUGCACAAAGCCAUUCUGGACGCUGCCAUCAAGAAGAAGUGCGAGGACGCUCAGAGCCUCAUCGACAGCGCGUGGCAGCGCAGCGACAGCCUCUGCCGCGGGCGAGCGGAGCGGGACCCCUGGUGCUAACCCUGCCCGGGGGGAGGACGGAUGCUGGGGGCCCAUUUUGGGAGAGCAGGGUCUGUACCCAGCUGCCCGCAGCCAGCCGGCUCCCCAAACCCUCCGGCCAUCGCGCGCUCCCCACCGGGAUCGUGCCUGCAGGCGUGGGCCCUGCAUCCCGUCCCCACCCCGCUGGGGACAUCGGGCACGUUUUGGGGAGCAACCGGACGCUUCUCCAUGCAGGAGGUGAGGCUGAGCCCGGCCACUUUCCCUGUCCAGCCGUGCAGCCUCCACCUUCCUCAUCCAGUGGCCACGGGGCAGAAUCGUUUGCCUUUCAUGGAAUGAUAUCCCCCAAACGGUGUGGGAGAGGGGAGGGCUGGGGGUGAGCAUCCCCCGGUUGCAGCAGGGAGCAGAGGACUUGUUCAUUUUAGAACAGGGAUGGGGCAUGGAGGUGGAGAGGGGAGCACACAUCGCUGCCGUGCAUGUUUUCUCCUGGCUCAUGCAAUCACCGCGUGCGGCACCGCUUCACCUCCUGGAUCACCCCGCACCGGGCUUCCGGACAUCACCAAACCACUCCCCAGCCUGUCCGUGAGGUUUGAGGCUAAAGGAAGAAGGACCAGGGCCAAAAACCAGCCUUAACUCCUCCCAGCAUGGUUUUAGACGACCUCAGGAGCUGGUUUGAGGGUUGGAUGCUGGCCCCGUGUGCUGGGGGAGAGAAGAGAGUGAGGCCCAUGGUCUUCAGGUGUUCUGAGGGACGUUGUCACAAGGCUGUCACCAACCACGUCCCCAUCUCAGCUCGCUGCACCUGAGGCCAGUGAGGACCCAUUGCUGCUUGCCCUCUACAGCGAGCCCUUGGGGCACAACCCCAGCUUUUAAAUAAUAAU